CCGCAGAGCCGAGGUUGCGGGGCCUGCGGGGCCAGGGCCGAUCGGGACCCGGGGGGUCGGAGGCCGGGAGCCGCGGGAUGAAGCAACGAGGCCCAGAGAGGUGAAGGCACUUGCCUGAGGCCGCACAGCUACAAGGAGCUGACCCGAAGGCCAAGGCAGGGGCCUGAGAAGUGACACGUAAGAUAUCCGUCCAGAAGAGAGGACCUGAAGAGAACUGGGUUCAGGAUGCUGCCCAUCACGGGCGACUUGCUGCACGCCCUGGGGCUGGAGAAGACGGCAUUCCGCAUGUACGCCGUGUCUGCGCUGAUGCUCUGCGUCCUCCUCUUCCUCUUCCGGCUGCUGCAGAAGCUGCUCAGGCUCUGCUGGGACUUCCACGUCACCUGCCGCAGGCUGCGCUGCUUCCCACAGCCACCCCGCCGCAACUGGCUCAUGGGCCACCUGGGCAAGUAUCUUCCCACUGAGGCGGGCCUUCGGGAUGAGAAGAAGGUGCUGGACUACAUGCACCACGUGUGCCUCGUGUGGGCUGGACCUGUCCUGCCGCUCCUGGUGCUGGUCCAUCCCGACUACAUCAAGCCUGUGGUGGGCGCCUCAGCUGCCAUCGCGCCCAAGGAUGAUCUUUUCUACAGCUUCCUGAAACCUUGGCUAGGGGAUGGGCUUCUGCUUAGCAAAGGUGACAAAUGGAGCCGGCACCGGCGCCUGCUGACACCCGCCUUCCACUUUGACAUCUUGAAGCCCUACAUGAAGAUCUUCAACCAGUGCACCGACGUCAUGCACGCUAAGUGGCGGCGACAUCUGACAGAGGACUCCGUGGCCUCCUUUGACAUGUUUGAGCACGUGAGCCUCAUGACCCUGGACAGCCUGCAGAAAUGCGUGUUCAGCUACAAUAGCAACUGUCAGGAGAAGAUGAGCGACUACAUCUCGGCCAUCGUGGAGCUGAGCGCGCUGGUGGUCCGGCGCCGUUACCGCCUGCACCACUACCUGGACCUCGUGUACUACCUGAGCGCCGACGGGCGCCGCUUCCGCCGGGCCUGCGACACCGUGCACGCCUUCACCACCGAGGUCAUCCAGGAGCGGCGGCGCGCGCUGCGCCAGCAGGGCGCCGAGGCCUGGCUGAAGGCCAAGCAGGGCAAGACGCUGGACUUCAUCGACGUGCUGCUGCUGGCCAAGGAUGAAGACGGGAAGGAGCUGUCUGAUGAGGCCAUCCGGGCAGAGGCAGACACCUUCAUGUUCGAGGGUCACGACACGACGUCCAGCGGGCUGUCGUGGGUGCUGUUCAACCUGGCAAAGUACCCAGAGUACCAGGAGAAGUGCCGGGAGGAGAUCCGGGAGGUCAUGAAGGGCCGAGACGUGGAGGAACUGGAGUGGGACGACCUCGUUCAGCUUCCCUUCACCACUAUGUGCAUCAAGGAGAGCCUGCGCCAGUUCCCUCCCGUGACCCUCAUCUCUCGCCGCUGCACCCAAGACGUCAGACUCCCAGAUGGGCGGAUCAUCCCGAAAGGAAUCAUCUGCUUGGUCAGCAUCUAUGGGACCCACCACAACCCCACAGUGUGGCCCGACUCCAAGGUGUAUAACCCUUACCGCUUCGACCCCGAGAAGCCGCAGCAGCGUUCCCCGCUGGCCUUUGUGCCCUUCUCCGCAGGCCCCAGGAACUGCAUAGGCCAGAGCUUCGCCAUGGCCGAGAUGCGGGUGGUCGUGGCGCUGACCCUGCUGCGGUUCCGCCUGAGCGUGGACCGAACCCGCAAGGUGCGGCGGAAGCCCGAGCUCAUCCUGCGCACGGAGAACGGCAUCUGGCUCAACGUGGAGCCGCUGUCCCCGAGGGCCUGAGCACAGCUGAGGAUCCCCGGGGGUCCAGGACCCACCCACCCACGCCUAGGCCCCGCCCCCAAGGCAUCAGACCACGCCCCAAUGCCCAUAGGCCACGCCCCAAGAUGACAGGCCACGCCCCAAAGGUCCCUAGGCCACGCCCCUCGGGAGUCCCCGGAGACCCUAGGGCUCCAGGCUCCUCCAGCAGCUUCAUGCUGGUGCUGGUCACGCCUCUCGGGCAAGGCCCCGGCCCCCCCCCUCCGGGGUGGGGGUGGUCUGAUCCCUCCCACGGAGCUCCAACACCUGAUUGAGGGAACAGGCUAGACCCCUCCCCCCACACCCUAAAAACCCUCUUCCCAUGCCUUGUCCCCUGGACCCUCCCAGAACCUCUCUGGGACUCCAAGCCAGGCUGGUUUCUACACUGAGGACUUAGAAGUUGGAGCCUGAGGUCAGCCUGAACCCCAACUGCCCCUUCUUGAGGUCCCAGCUAUUUGGGCACACUGCUCAGGAGCUCAGAACUGGGUUGGUUGGUUGUGUUUCUUGUUUUUGUUUUUGUUUUUGUAAACCCAGACCCCUCGAAGCCCUUUCCUUCUUGAUUCAGAGUUCCUUUGCUGAGUGUUCGGUGUUUUGGAGAAUAAAAGGAAAGGAACGAAUCCA